AUCAUUGAUGCCGCUACGAACGUGCUAGAAUUGAUGGAGGUUUGAACUCACGCUAAGCAGCCAAAUCCUCGGCCUACCUUUCGAAGUACGCAGCCAUGAGCUGUCAAACGCAGCAUUCAUGUAAACAAACGCGAGGGCCAGAAUUUUGUUCUUGUAGCUGUUUUACUAACAAGAAGUUAUCAAUAAAAUCGUUAUCUUUACCUUCCGUGUACCGUGUUCCGUAGUGUAUAUUUCGUCUUUCACAUAAUAUGGCCGCCCCAGCACCUGAGGAAGUGUUUGAUCAAGCAGAAGGAGAACAAUUUGAGGAUGAUGAUGGAGAGGUGCAGAUUGAAACUUCGUCCGGCCGGAAACGACUGUUCAGCAAAGAACUACGCUGUAUGAUGUACGGUUUCGGGGACGACCAGAACCCGUACACGGAGAGCGUCGAUCUGCUCGAGGAUCUCGUGGUCGAGUUUAUCACCGAGAUGACCCACCGUGCGAUGGAAAUUGGCAGAACGGGACGAGUACAGGUCGAGGAUAUUGUGUUCCUUGUGCGUAAAAACUCCCGCAAAUACGCCCGUGUGAAGGACCUGCUGACGAUGAACGAGGAAUUGAAGCGUGCCCGGAAGGCGUUCGAUGAGAUUAAGUACGCCGGGGCAGAAGCAAAGAUCAAAUAGUCACCCAUUUUCCACUUACUUUUGCCCUUCCUAUAAUAAUUAUUUUCUUUCAAUAAAUCAACAACAUAUUACACUGCUAUGA